UUUUUUUAUUUUAUUUUUUAUUUAUCUGUUAAUGCACAGUAGGUCAGCCCAUGCUUGCUACAGAGCUGUGGGGAGAAAUAGAUGGGAAGACUACAGAAGCAAGUUUGCCAAUUAGUGCUUAAUUACUUUGAGAAAAUAUAUACAAAAGAACUGGGAAGCACGUGGACCAGUGUCAGGGAAAUUCUUACGACUCCUGAAAUCUGGCAAUAUGCUGUCAUGCUGAACAAUUUCGCAUCCCCCUGGGAACUAGAGAAACAGCUACACUUCAAGGGCUAUCGCUUACUGUUUAAAAAAGUCUUAUCACAGCACACAGAGGCGUUAAAGUGUUACGGUAAUAAAAAUCCUGGCAAAUUUCCUUCUCAGCGGCAUCAGAAUGGCAAACUUAAAGAUUAUUACAUAUUAAACGCCUCUUCGCUCCUUCCUGUGUUGGCCCUAGAUGUCAAAGAUGGGGAAAGGGUGCUAGAUAUGUGUGCUGCCCCUGGAGGGAAGUCCGUAGCACUUCUGCAGUCUGCAUUACCAGGUUGUCUUCAUUGCAAUGAACCAGAAAUUCAUAGAUCAAGAAGACUGAAACAGACAUUGGAAUCUUUCGUUCCAAAAACUCACAUAAAUAUAAUCUCUAAUUUUGAAUUGGAUGGAAGGUUAAUAGGAGAACAUUGCCCUCAGAUAUAUCAUAAGGUGUUAGUAGACGCCCCUUGUUCUAAUGACAGAAGCUGGCUCUUUUCUUCAGACAUUGAGCAAGCCGCGACAAGGAUAUCUCAAAGAAAGAUGCUUCCAGCAAUACAGACAGAGUUACUCAGGUCUGCAAUACGUGCUCUGCAUCCCGGCGGAUCUCUGGUGUAUUCAACAUGCACUCUAUCGAGGGCAGAGAACAGUCAUGUUAUUGACAGUAUUUUAACUUCCUGCAGAGACGUUAAGCCAGUGGAUCUAAGUGACUUGGCAACUGCAUUAUCUCAUGAGUUCUAUUUUGCUUCUGACAUACCUCAUGGACUUUUGGUUCUUCCACAUGUAGGAAAAUCAUGGGGUCCCAUGUUUGUGGCUAAACUUCGGAAACUCUAGGCCAGCGAACUGUGCUCUUAAUUUAUUAUAUUUGAAUUUUAAUGGCAUGGUUGUGUUUUUUGUUGUUU